UUUGUUUGUAUAAAAAAAUCAAAGCAAAAGGGUGUUUUUAAUUCACACUUAAUGAAUAAAUUUGUAAUUUAUUUCUAUAAUAUUAACUUUUUAUAACAUAUUGUUAAGUUAAUUACUGAAUCUGUAGGUAAAUAUUGUUAAAAUUUCCACCAUUUGACAUUGUUAACUACGUAAACAUAAGAUUUUCUAGGUAAAAUAGGUGAAUCAUAUAACUAUUUAAAAAAAAUGUCUAGCACAAGUGUUGAAAAUAUAGGCGCAGACUUUCAAGAAUAUGAUGGAUCAGGCAAUAUGUGUUUGGAGUUGGCAUUAGAAGGUGAACGUCUGUGCAAAGCAGGAGAUUGUAAAGCAGGAGUGGCCUUUUUCCAAGCUGCUAUUCAAGCUGGCACAGACGAUUUGAGAACCCUUAGUGCCAUUUACAGUCAGCUGGGAAAUGCCUAUUUUUAUUUGGGGGACUAUGGAAAGGCUAUGCAGUAUCAUAAACACGACCUAACUUUAGCAAGGACCAUGGGAGACAAACUAGGAGAAGCCAAAUCUUCUGGUAACUUAGGUAACACCUUGAAAGUGAUGGGUAGAUUUGACGAAGCUGUUGUUUGCUGCAAGAGACAUCUGGAACUAUCAAGGGAACUAGGAGACAAACUAAGUGAAGGUAGAGCUUUGUACAAUUUGGGAAAUGUGUAUCACGCAAAAGGAAAGCAUAUAGGUAGAGUUGGCAACAAGGAUCCUGGUGAUUUUCCUGAAGAUGUCAAAGGAUGUUUACUCCAAGCUGUAACAUAUUAUGAAGAGAAUCUAACAUUAAUGCAAGAUCUAGGCGACAUAGCGGCACAAGGACGUGCUUGUGGAAACUUGGGCAAUACGUUUUAUCUACUAGGUGAUUUCGCCCAGGCGAUUCGGUACCACGAAGAACGUCUAUCGAUAGCUAGACAAUUCGGAGACAAAGCUGCCGAGAGAAGAGCACAUAGCAACUUGGGAAAUUCACAUAUAUUUAUGGGACAAUUCGAAGAAGCUGCUCACCACUACAAGAGAACACUUUCCUUGGCCCAGGAACUCUGCGACCAAGCUAUCGAAGCUCAAGCGUGUUACAGCUUAGGAAACACUUACACUUUGUUAAGAAACUAUGAUGCUGCGAUAGAAUAUCAUCUGAGACACCUCCUGAUCGCUCAGAAUCUAUCAGACAAAGUUGGAGAGGGUAGAGCGUGUUGGUCUCUCGGUAAUGCUUACGCGUCACUAGGAAAUCACGAUAAAGCUCUUAGCUUUGCCAAGAAACAUCUAGAAAUAAGCAAAGAUUUGGGUGAUUCGAUGGGCGAAGCUACAGCAAAAAUGAACAUCGCUGAUCUGAAAAAGAUACUGGAUAUACCCGAAAGUCCCAGCGACGAUUCGGACAUGACGAAGUCUGACAGCUCUAACAAUGUAGGUCAUUCGCAAUUACAUAGGGUGAGGCGUGAAAGCAUGGAACAGCUUAGCCUGAUUAAGUUGACUCCAGAUGGCAAACGUCCAGGUCUCUCUUUACCACAGAAGAAUUCUCUAGCCUCCAUUAAAGCAACGGGAGGCGAAGAAGACGACUCAUUCUUCGAUCUGCUAUCACGAUUCCAGUCGAAGAGAAUGGACGAUCAACGGUGCUCGCUUACCAUCGACAACAAAGAAAAUAGGAACACGAAUAACAUUCAGUACAACAACGAAACUCCAGAGGACCUCAUCGACAUGAUCGCCGGAAUGCAGAGCAAGAGAAUGGACGAACAGAGAGUAUCACUGCCUCAUUUACCAGGUUUACAAUCCAACUCCCGCCAAAGACUCUCCGAACCGAACCGUUCGAAUAGCGUCAACAGCGUGCCUGACGAUAACUUCUUAGAUCAGUUGGUGCGAUGCCAAGGUUCGCGUUUGGAAGACCAGAGAUCUCCACUGCCGGCUGCAGCGGUCGACGCUGAAACGGACCCGCCACCUCCCGCGAGCAAUAGCAAAAGCGGAGCCACAGUUCCUGACGAGGAUUUCUUUUCCCUGAUCAUGAGAUUCCAGUCGGGUAGAAUGGAUGACCAAAGGGCGUCGGUGCCACGAAGGGAAACUAGAAUGGCAAAUGGUAGUGUCCCCCAUCCACCUCCAGAUAACGUAAAUAACAACGUAAGAAGUUCUUCCGGGAAAAAGAAAAAGUAAUGCGGAAGAUCGGUGGUUUUAGCUAGUUUUUUCAAUAAUUCAAAUUUCUACUUAUAGGAGAAGAAUAUAGAAUUUUCUGGACUGAUAUAAAAAGUUUUCACUAGAUUUUAAGGAAACAUUCCGGUUCUAAAGAGAUUUAAUCAUUUGAAUCUUGGAAAUGCUCGAUAUAGUUAAAAUUUGAUACAGUUUUUUCUUUUUAAAGUGCCAAAAUGUUUUAUAAAACGACUAUUGUCAUAAAAUACUUCGAACUAAAGGUAAAGAGAGACAAAAUUUCAUUUCUAUAAAUCCUGUUCAGCAACGUGUUCAAAAUAUUCAUCUCUGCUUUUGACAUCGUUUUUCAGUCUAUAUUUUUUAAUAUUUAAGUGUAGAUGUAUAAGUUAAAGCCUCCUUUACACAUCGGCAGACGCGUCUGCGCCUGCGGACGACAUCUAGUAUGGAUCCGCAGAUGUGUAGAUGGAGUAAUUUGGUCGUCUGUGGUUGGUGUAUCACGUCGGCUGAAGCAUCAGCAAUGCAUCCAUUUGUUGUCGGUUUUUCUAGCAGAGAUCAAAGGAUUUCAGUACGAACAGACUAAACGACCUACAGAUGUGUGGUCAGCUUGUGAUGAUACAUAUGCCGAUGUAGAGGAGGCAUAAGGAAAACGAUGACCAGGAAGGCGGAGGAUUUCCUGGCUGAAAAAUCUAUGUACGUGGUUCCACACAACAACCACAAAUCUUAUCAGCGCAGCAUUGUGCAAAUAUAGAUUGCCAUAAUGGUCGCCAGCAUCCGAAACAUGUGCUACAAUAAGACGAAGUGUAUAUGAAGUCAGUUCUGAUAGAUUACAAUUUCACGUGAAAUUCCUAAAGUUUAUUUUAUAAUUUUUGAUUUUAGCUGUGUAUACUACUUUAUUUAUUUCUAAAUAUAUAAUUUUCUUUAACGAAAAUACAGCAAAAAGUGAGGUUAUAAAUUUUGUAUGUCCCAAGUGUCAUAUGUCAAUACUAUACUCUAAUCGUAGACUUAUACAGAGUGAGUCUGUAAUUUGGAAAAAAUUCAAUAUCUCAAACACUAAUUGUUUUUUUGAAAAAUGCUCAGACCCGUUGAGUAGUAUUUCAAAUUGUCCUUUUUGACAUACAAUAAUAAUGUAUACAGGGUGUCCCAAUUUAGAGAUAUGACUCAUCGUUAAUUUUCUUAAAUGACAAAGUUAUGUCUGUAAUUUGGAAUAAAUUCAGUAGUUUAAAUACUAAUUGUUUUUUUGAAAAAUGCUGAGACCCGUCGAUUAGUAUUUCAAGUAAUCCUUGUUGACAUACAAUAAUAAUGUAUACGUCCCAAUUUAGAGAUAUAACGUCAUCGUUGAUUUUCUUAAAUGGCAACACUGUCAUUUUGAUAGCUAUUUUGAUGCGGUGUGUAAAGUUAUACACAACUGUAAAAUUUCAAAUUUUUAUUUGCUACCAUUUACAAGAUAAUAAAAAAUAACAAAGUUAUGAAAAACAAGUAAUCAAAUAAUAAUUGAAUUUAAUUAUUUCAAUUAAGCAAAUAUUCAUAAUGUUGCCCUCAAUUAUUGUCAAAUUGUCAAUGGCAACGUUAUGAGCAUUUGCUUAAUUGAAAUAAUUAAAUUCAAUUAUUCGAUUACUUGUUUUUCAUAACUUUGAUAUUUUUUAUUAUCUUGUAAAUGGUAGGGAAUAAAAAUUUGAAAUUUUACAGUUGUGUAUAACUUUACACACCCUAUAUCAUAUCUCUAAAUUGGGACACCCUGUAUACAUUAUUAUUGUAUGUCAAAAAUGACAAUUUGAAAUACUAAUCGACGGGUCUGAGCAUUUUUCAAAAAAACAAUUAGUAUUUUAAUUAUUGAAUUUAUUCCAAAUUACAGACUCUCUCUGUAUACCUCUAUGACUGUAAUGUAUAGUAUUAUAAAGAUGGCGUUUUAAUGCAAAAAAAUGUAGUUAACGGGCUAAUAAAUAGGGCUUUUCAACGCUUCUCAUUUGUUUCGGACUUCUGUCAUAUGUCGUAUAAUCUGUGUAUAAUUGUAAUAUAGGACAUAUGACAGUAGCCCUAAAAAAACGAAAAGCGUUGAAAAGCACUAUUAGGAGAUCUAUAAUUUUUUUAUAAACGAAAUUGUUUACUAUUUUGGCAGAAAGAGCAUUUUCAAGAUAAAAUGUGUAUACUAAUAUUAAUUUUUUAUAGAGAUUUAUUUUCUUUAGGAAAAGUUUUUUAAUUUUUUAUUGAAGGUCUUAUAAAUCAAAAACACCCAUAUAAUUCAAAAAAAUUGGAAAGGAAGUGAUCUAUUUCCUUCCGUCUACAUAGAGCUUUUCAUCGCUUCUCAUUUGUUUUGGGCACUUAUCAUGUCUCACAUGAACGUAUUAUAUGACACAUGUCAAGUGCCCGAAACAGAUGAAAAGUCCUAUAGGGCUUUUCAUCGAUUGUCAUUUGUUUCGAGCUUUUGUCAUAUGUUGUAUAAUCUGUGUAUAAUAUUAAUAUAUUGUUGCAAAAUUGACUUUUCUAUGAUCUUUUAGGCACUAAUGUUUAAUUUUAGUUGACUUUAUUUGUUUUUAAUAACUUACAACUAAACAAAUGAAAAACACUGAAUUUAUAUCCUUUAUUUUACAAAUUACGAUAUCUAAUUUAUUUAUUACACUAGAUCUAAUAAUUUAUCUACAUAAUUACAAUUUCAAAAAUAUACCGCGCCCGUUACAUAUCAAAGUACACCGACGUUUUCAAAUUCACAACUGUCCUGCUAAUUACAAAAACCUACUAUUUAUACAACAUUCAAUGUUCUAGAAAUAAAUAACAUCUCGAAUAGUAUUUACAAGAAACAAGAAACUCUUACAGGGUGCUCGCCACUGGGCGGCUUCCCUCUAUGUUAUUUUACAUUACUUAUGCAUAUUGCUUAUUGUUUGUAAUGAGACAGAUUGCAAUAAACAUUGGAUGUUAAUAAAAAGAA